ACAUAAGAAAUGCUACUGAUUGCAAGAGACAUAUCUGGCCAUAACAUUUACAAUUCGACAUGCGCGGCGUUGAUUUUUAUGGACAGGUCUACCAAUCAAAAUUAAAAAGAUUACACUACUACUUCAGUUUUAUUAUUCACUUUCGAUUGUAACACACAUAUAUAAGAUGUGAUUUAGUUAGAUAGACAUUUGGUGCAGACACCUUGAUUCCGCACUGCACAAUUGUGCAGUCUGUCUGUUAAACUUUAUGUACUGACUACCCACAAAAUGAUACCAGUGACCAAAAAAUAUUUGCAUACUUUAAUACACACACACCCAUCGAUUCGAUACAAAAUUUAAGAAAGCAUCCCACAUUGUGUGCAUUAUUCAACCUCUUCAUCCCUCUAUCCUACACUAUUUUCCCUCUUUUCUACUCUAAUCUAUAGACAUACGACAGGUAAUCAGACACUGAACAAUAUAUAAAUUUAGGAAUUAUUAGAUAGAGUUAAAGCUUGAUUUAAUUGGAAAAUUGUAAGCGGAUACGUUGGAAUUCAGUCCUAUAAAGUUAAAUAUUUUGUGAACUGAAUUCAAAAGUGUUUAUUGAGCCGUAGCAAUCUCAAGAAAGCAUUCAAUUCUAUUUAGAUAUAUUCUAAAGAGACUUGUUCAAUAUGCCCUCAGAAAUUUGUCCUAAAUGCCAAAAGGCUGUCUACGCUGCAGAGAAAAAAAUUGCUGGUGGUAAAGCAUGGCAUAGUAUGUGCUUGAAAUGCGGUUUGUGUAAUAAGAUGCUUGACAGUACUACUGUCGCUGAACAUGAAGGAGAAGUUUUCUGCAAGCAAUGUCAUGGUCGUAAAUUUGGUCCAAAAGGCUAUGGAUUCGGUGGAGGUUCUGGUGCCUUGAAUAUGGACAGUGGAAGUCAUGUUGGUAAUAAGGAAACCGAAAUGAGUAAUAAACCAACAGCUCCUGCAAUGGGUGGUAAAAUUAUACCUCCGGAGGAAGGUGGUUGUCCACGUUGUGGUAAACGAGUAUAUGAUGCUGAAAAAGCUAUUGGAUGCCCAAGUGGUCUCAACUUCCAUAAAGCAUGUUUCCGAUGCAAAACUUGUGGAAAAUCACUUGAUUCAACUAAUUUAUGUACACAAAAAGAAGAAAAGGAGGUUUACUGCAAAGCCUGUUAUGGAAAGAGUUUUGGACCAAAAGGUUUUGGUUUCGGUCAAGGUGCUGGUGCAUUAAAUAUGGGUUAA